AUGACACCUCGCCCCGACUUGCUCACCGAACUCGAGCCGUCACCGGUGAAGCAUGUCACAUCGGCUUUGGGGCAGCGAGCAGAGGUGAAAGGCAUGGGCAAGGCCAUGUUCAAGGGUGCUGAUGGGAAGAUGGUGGGCCUCAAGAACGUGCUUUGGAUCCCUGUGGUCCCCAUGCCUAAGGAGAGGCAAGUGGCAGCAAGCGUCAGCACCAAGGGUGAAGCGGUUGGUAGCGGCGAUUGCGCGGACGGUCGCGCUAAGGAGAAGGAGCCCAAGAAGGGCAAACCUGGAGUGACCAGCAAGCUGUGUGACCAUAAGGAGAGUGGUGCAGCAGCUGAGGAGCAGCACAAGGGUGAGAAUAACCCUGACGCAGCAGCGGAGGAGUACGGAGAGAGCAUGUGGGGCGCUAUUGCGAGCGCGGCAUUCUCCAAUCCGACUUCGGCUACGGGGGAGUUGAAGAACCAGAUGGUUGCUGGCAUACGCGUCAACGGGGAGCCCGAUGAGGUGCUUGGCUGCCCGACGUGCUUGCAAGCCAAGUUCACCCGAUUUCCGUUCCCUAGUUCGGAGGCAACGGCAAAGGCACCGCUUGAUGAGGUGGUGAUGGACGUGGUGGGCCCCCUGAAGCUUGGAGCUGCUGGAGCUGAGUAUUUCCUCACCAUAGUGGACGUUUACACCCGCAUGACUUGGGUGUACGUGCUGGCCAAGAAGAGCGAUGUGGCUGAAACGUUGAAGACGGAUUGGUUCCCGAUGGUGGAGCGGCAACAAGACCGUCUAGUGAAGUCGAUCCGCACCUACCGAAGGGGAGAGUUCUUGAGCAAGGAGUUUGGGUUGUGGCUAAAUAAGAAUGGUAUUCGACACUCCCUCACCAUGCCAUACUCCCCUGCAAUGAACGGCAUCGCCGAGAGGGCGAACCGCACGAUCACGGAUGCGGCACGCAGGUUGCUCAUUGAAGCCAGGCUACCCGACUAUUUCUUGCCUGAUGCGGUGCGGAGCGCGUGUGUGGCCAAGAACAGAGUUUUGACUCAUGUGGGAGCAGAAAAAUGGGUGCCCUAUGUGGAGUGGCUUGGAAGGAAGCCAAAGGUGGAUAUGCUUCGGGUGUUCGGGUGCAUGUGCAUGGCACUCGUACUUCAGCAUCUUCGGCACAACAAGCUUGGUGCCAAGGCGGUGUGGGCCGUGCACUUGGGCAUGGCUCAAAACAGCAAGGGGUGGCUUCUUUGGGACCCAUUCACCAAGAAGUUCUUGGUGAGCAGGGACUGCAAGUUCAUGGAGAACUUCAUGUACAAGGAUUGGAAGGCGGAGAAUGAGGCAAAGAUAGGCGUGCGGUUUGGAGAGGUGAAGAGUUCCGGGUUGGAGCACGUGGAGCUGCCUUUGGAGCUGAGCAGUGGCAGCACCACCACAAGGCAAUCUUCCCUUGUGAAUGGGGGAGAGGAGGCCAAGGAUGCAGAGGAAGAAGAGGAGGAGGUGCAGCAAGUGAGCGAGCGUGCACCGACACAUCCUUCCCGCACUACGAGCGCUCCACGGAAUCGAGCCACACCGCAGCAACGCCAAGGCCUUCAAGUCCCUGCAGCUGAGGAGGAAGGGCGGGCUAAGAGCAAAGUCCAACCCCCUAAGAGGCUGACAUAUGAUGCGCCGGGAGAGCCGGGCAAGACGGCCCUGGCCGGAGCGGCAAUGAUGGUUGGAGACGACGAGGAGAGUGACUACGAAGAGUGUGCCUUCGCGUUCUUCUCUCCGGUGGAGAUGCCGGGAGAACCAGCAACUCUCAAGAAAGCCUUGGAGAGUAGUGAUGCUGAGGAGUGGAAGAAGGCCAUGGAGAGUGAGCUGAAGAGCAUCGAGGAGAAUGACACGUUUGAGUUGGUGGAGCUACCGGAGGGGCGUACGGCGAUAACGUCCAAGUGGCUCUUCAAGAUCAAGUCCGACGCCGACGGAAAGAUCGAGCGCUACAAGUCGAGGAUGGUGGCCAAGGGGUACCAGAAGAAGGAGAAUGUGGAUUACAAGGAGCUGUUUGCUCCUAUGGUGAAGCCGACGACGCUGCGAACCCUACUCGCGGGAGCCGCGAUCAAAGGUUGGGUGGUGAAGCAGCUAGACAUCGUAACGGCGUUCCUCAACGGAAUCCUCGAGGAGGAGAUUUUCAUGGCGCAGCCAGAGGGGUUUGACGAUGGCAGCGGCAGAGUGUGGAAGCUGAAGAAGGCCCCUAGGCAGUGGUACCUGAAGCUGCGCGAAGUGUUGGAGGAGAUCGGCUUCACUCCCUCAACGGCCGAUCAUUCCUUGUUCAUGCUUGGCGAGGGGGAGCAGAGGAGCUUCAUGGUGGUGUACGUGGACGACAUCCUGAUCUUCUCACCCUCCUCUGACCUUGUGAAGGAGGUGAUGCUGAAGCUUCAAGACAAGUUCAAGUGCAAGUCCCUUGGGGACGUGAACUUUUACCUCGGGCUUCACAUCGAGCGUGAUGUGGAGAAGCGGUGCAUGCGGGUGCACCAACGCAAGUACCUGGAGGCCUUGGCUGCCAAGUUUGGGCAGAAUGAAGGCCAUGUGGCUACACCCUUUCCCUCUAAGUUCAAGUGUGUGAAGGGACCAGAGGAGGAGAGCGUGGGUGAAGAGGAGAGGCGCCGUUUUCACUCAUUGGUGGGCAGCCUCAUGUAUGCGGCGGUCAACACUCGACCGAAUAUCGCGUUUGCUACCGAGCAGUUGGCAAGGGUUGUCCAAUGCCCUAAUGAGGAGCAGGUAGCAGCUGGAAUGAGGGUGGCCAAGUAUCUUGGCCAAACACCGACCGUUGGGCUGCAAUACUCGGCGGCGGCACAAAGGCGCCAAAAGGGUACGGAUGUUGUUGAACCCGGCCGUUUGUUCCUCACCGGUUUCUAG